CCUCGCGCUCGUGGUAUCCAUCCGCCCCCCUAGCUUGCUGAGGAGACGGCGGCCAUUUUGUUCCGCGCCGGGGCUGCGCUGAGAGCGGCGGCGAAGGGGGGGGCGGGGGGAAAAGCGAAAGGGAAGAAAGAGAGCGGGCAGGAGUAGAGGGCACGGGGGAAAGCACGACGGGCCGACGAGAGGAGAGGAGCCGGGCCAGCCGAGCAGCCAGCGGAGGGAGGGAAGAGGCGGGGAGGGGUCCGCCCGGCCGCUGAGAGGCGAUGGCGGAUAUAGACAAGCUGAACAUCGACAGCAUCAUCCAACGGCUGCUGGAGGUGAGAGGAUCAAAACCAGGUAAAAAUGUCCAACUUCAGGAGAAUGAAAUCAGAGGACUGUGCUUGAAAUCCAGAGAAAUUUUUCUCAGUCAGCCUAUUCUGCUAGAACUUGAAGCUCCACUGAAAAUAUGUGGUGACAUCCAUGGACAAUACUAUGACUUGCUUCGGCUCUUUGAAUAUGGAGGCUUUCCACCUGAAAGCAACUACCUAUUCCUUGGUGACUACGUUGACAGAGGAAAGCAGUCUUUAGAAACAAUUUGUCUUCUAUUGGCCUACAAAAUUAAAUAUCCGGAGAACUUCUUCCUCCUCAGAGGGAACCACGAAUGUGCCAGCAUUAAUAGAAUUUAUGGAUUUUAUGAUGAAUGUAAGAGAAGAUACAAUAUUAAGCUGUGGAAAACCUUCACAGAUUGUUUUAACUGUUUACCAAUAGCAGCAAUUGUGGAUGAGAAGAUAUUCUGCUGUCAUGGAGGUUUGUCACCAGACCUGCAGUCAAUGGAACAGAUCAGACGAAUUAUGCGCCCCACUGAUGUACCUGACCAGGGUCUUCUUUGUGAUCUCCUGUGGUCUGAUCCUGACAAAGAUGUCUUAGGAUGGGGUGAAAAUGACAGAGGAGUGUCCUUUACUUUUGGAGCUGAAGUGGUUGCUAAGUUUCUCCAUAAACAUGAUUUGGAUCUCAUAUGUAGAGCUCACCAGGUUGUGGAAGAUGGAUAUGAGUUUUUUGCAAAAAGACAAUUGGUAACUCUCUUUUCUGCCCCAAAUUACUGUGGAGAAUUUGAUAAUGCAGGUGCCAUGAUGAGUGUGGAUGAAACCUUAAUGUGUUCUUUUCAGAUUUUGAAACCCGCAGAGAAGAAGAAGCCCAACGCUAGCAGACCCGUAACACCUCCCAGGAGUAUGAUCACAAAGCAAGCAAAGAAAUAGUCCACGUGGUACUGCCUUGUUGGGACUUGUAUUAUAAUAUAUAACCUUCAUUUUUAAACUGUAACGUGUACUGUUCAGCUUGCUCAAAAUAGAACGUGUUUGUGGUUUCCCUUUUGAUUUGAUGAAUGGCAUUUGCUGGUUGUAACAGCAAAUGAAGGACUUUUCUCCCUUCUAGGAAAAGUUUUACACUUUCCUUUUGUUGGUGUUCCAGCUGUACACUCCAACAUUUAUCCUGUCAUUAUGGGUAACUGUACAACUGACUUUCUCAAUCUGUACAAUGAGUAGUGUAAAUGCUUGUUUUCUUCUUUAGGAUCUAAAGAGGGCACUAGUGUGCUGUGAGAGUAGGAGUUUGUUACUGUUGGAGAUUACAUUCUGUUUAUACAAACCACUGUGAACUUUUUUUACGUUAAAAUUUGUUUUAAAGGGAUUGCUUUUCUUUUUAUGUCUUGUCCUGUACACGUUGGUUUUAUCGCUGUCAACAUUAGAAAUAACCUUCAACCUCCCUAGCAUCACUGGUAUGAUGUAUAUUUAAUGAAAACACACAUCCCUGUCCUUUAAGAGACAACUGAAGCCAUUAUUUCAAGUGUUCGUGUCUUUCCUGAAGCCAAAGUCUGCAUAGAAAUCUGUAUGUACACGACCCACCGCACUGAGCUGGCAGGGCUUUCCAUUCAUGCCUUCCUUAUGGAGAGAAAAGGAAGUCUGGACUUGAAAUAGCGAGUAGAAAUGCUGUGCUGUUUGUUCUAUUCACAGUAAAAUUAAACACAAUUUUGUACAGUUUCUGUAUGUUCUAUCAAACGGACUUCUUACAGUUGCAUCAGUCCCACGGCAGCCGUGUCAGACAGCUGGAAGUUAUGGAAACGGUUCCACGUCUGCCUGAAUGGCAUUGUGCAUUUUGGCCUAAAGACUUUGUUCUACGAAGAUGCCCAGGAAACAGCUUGAAGAGCCAACCCAAGGCAUUGAUCAGCAGUUUAUACAGAUACCUCACGGUAUCUCGUUUUUUAAAAACUGAGACUCUUUUUUGAACAGAUGACAGUGUACAAUACCAUGUAGUGAAAAUCGCUUAUUAAAUGAAGAAAUUGUUAAAUCUUCUCGGUGUCGGUUUAUCACAACGUAUGCACUACUGCUAUCAGAGGACAUGACUUAGAUAAAUAAAUCGUUCUGGAAACCCACA